AUGUCCCAAUUCAAUCAAGAUGAAUGUGACUACGACUCAGAGGGCCUACCUCCAUCUGUUAGACGGUAUGUGUAUCAAGGGAAGGAACACUUUUCCCAAAUACUUAGCGUUGAGCGUGAACGUCUUCGCCUUUCGGUGGACGUUAAUGAGUACCUUCUCUUUUUUAUCGACGAGCGCACCUUCCAAAACGAUUUCGUUGAUCCUGACACGGAUCUCCAUGAUAUUCGUGGAAUACGUUGUACUUUCAACCCCCAAACAAACACUUUGAUCGCCAAAAUUAUCACUCAGGAACAUGAACAAGUGACUGACGCUCUUAAUGAUGAAAUUAAGAUUGCACUUGAUCCAAUGGGGCUUCGCCGGGCAACUUUUUCCUAUCGUGAAGUGAAUAUCGAUUUGAAUGGCAUUUCAAAACAGCCAGACUGGGGAUUGGGCCCUAGACACCCCCCUCCUGGUACUGGAAGGCGGCCUACGGUGGUUGCGGAAAUCACUAUCUCGCAAACUAUAACAAGGUUGCAGCGAGACAUUGAUCUAUGGCUUGAUCCCAGUAGGGGUAACGCCGAUAUAGCCAUCGCCAUCAAGACAAACAGAACCCGGCCACUUAUCACCAUGGAUAAGUACGAGUGGGACCACGCCAAUAGACAAGCCCAAUUAUCCCAACAUAUUGAGAUACGGGAAAGCGACACCUGUGGUAAAGUUCGAGUCUCUGGGGCUCCACUGACUAUCUCUUUUGAUCGCCUGUUCCUACGGCCUCCACAACCCCCAGAGAAGGUGAUUUGA